GCGGGAACUUCAGAGGGACAGUUCGCUAGAAAAUGAAAGAAAAUGAUAGAGAAAGCGAAGAGAAAAUGGGAGACCAAGCAGAAGCCAAUCGCUCGUCGGAAGCCCUAGACAUUGACGCCAUUCGCAGUCGGAUUAAGGAACUAAGAGACGUCAGUGGAGGUUUCUACGAUGCCCCAGGACUCGCUCCGUCGGAUUCAGAGCAAUUGCUUAAAGAUUGCGCUUUCCAGCUUGAGAGCAAAAUAAGUCAAGUUCUGUCAGAAUUUUCAGGCGUCGGGUCGUUGCCAGUUGAAGAUAUAGAUACAUAUUGGGGACGGGUGAAGGAGGAACUCAACAACGUGGAGGCUGAAAAUGCUAAACUAUCCAGUGAAAUUGAGGACCUGAUGAGGACGUACAUAGAAGAUUCUAAUCAAUUAGAGAGUGAGCUUGAAGGGUUGAAUUGUUCGCUGGACUUUGUUGCUUUGCAGGGUAUUGAGAAAACAAAAACCACUGGACACGUUGAUUGCUCUUUCCAUGAAGAAGUGGAGUUUUUAAAAGGGAAGACAGAUUACAAAUUUAAGAUGCUGGAACUCAGUGAUCAGAUUGAGAAGAACAGAGUAACUUUGCAAUCACUGGAAGAUCUUGACUGCAUUUUGAAAAGGUUUGAGGCUAUAGAAAAGAUUGAGGAUGCAUUAACAGGACUUAAAGUGCUUGAGCAUGAAGGAAAUUGCAUUAGGUUGUCAUUGAGGACCUACAUUCCAAAUUCAGAAAGCAUAUUGUCCCAACACAAAAUUGAAGAUUUUACUGAACCAUUGGAACAGAAUCAUGAGUUACUCAUACAAGUCUCUGAAGGAACAUUGGAGCUAAAAAAUGUCGAGAUCUUCCCGAAUGAUGUAUAUGUAGGUGAAAUUAUUGAAGCAGCAAAAUCUUUCAGGCAGUCCUUGAAAAGUAUUUCAAUCCUGGAGAGCCGGUCUUCAUUGGAGUGGUUCGUAAGAAGAGUGCAAGAAAAAAUUGUUCUAAGCACGCUAAGGCGGUUGCUGGUGAAGUUUGCAAAUAAGUCAAGGCAGUCAGUGGAGUAUAUAGAUAAGGAGGAUAUAAUAGUUGCCCACAUGGUAGGAGGAGUUGAUGCUUUCAUUAAGAUAUCCCAAGGUUGGCCAGCGUCAAACCAUGCAUUGAAGCUGAUAUCACUCAAGAGCUCAGAUCAUCAUUCAAAGGAAAUUUCAUUGCGCUUUCUCUGCAAGGUUGAGGAAAUGGCAAACUCAUUGGAUGCACAUAUCCGACAAAACAUUUCAAGCUUUGUGGAUGCUAUUGAAGAAAUACUUGUGCAACAAAUGCGCAUUGAGCUCCAACCUGAUAAUGGUUCCGAGAAUUGAUACUUUCCUGCUCCAAAAGUAUUGGUGUUUUAUCACAUGGAUGAAGUCAAAAGCAGCCUAGAACUCGAAGCUUACGCAGAUUGGUCUAGGAAUGUAGAUAAAGCUGUCGCUUUUAAGGGUGGCUCAAGUGGUGACUCAUCCCUUAACAUGUGAACAUUUCGCAUAUUUUCUGUGUACCAAAAAAAAGGUUCAAGCUGCCAAAACUUCCAGGCUUUAAUGAUUAAUGGUUUCUUUCUUGCAUUCUGGAAGUUCAGUUUCGUCAGACGGCUUCUUUGGCUUUACAUUCUGGGGAUCUCUUACAUUCUGAAGGUUUACAUCCUACAGUUUCUUGCAGUUGACUCUUGCAAAAAUUGUUUUCAGAUUUACUGAAAACAAUCAAGUGAACGAUGCAAGGAAACACUAUAAGCA